GUCUGUCAGUGUCAUAGCAUCUCACGCAACGAUAGUACUAAAAAAAAAAUGGUAUACAUUAACAAAACGUUCGAGUGGUGUUAAUCGUGUGUAUGCGUUGACGUUAUGAAAGAGAAGAUACUUGAUAAGGCUGUACAUAUUUUAUUCCCAUGGCUAAAGGAAAAUUGAGGGGUUCAGAUUCAAAUAAUAAGUUAACAGCUUCAAAUGCAACCUUUAAAAAUGGGGAAACAUAUACAUCAGAGUUUGAAAUUAAUGAAAUACCACCUAGUGCCCGCACAUUGCUUACAAAGGGUUAUAUACAAGAUGAAAUUAAUUCUUAUUCAGGUGCUACUGUUUCAACACGUGGACGUUUUAUGACAGAACAAGAAAAGUUACGUUGUCCUAAUGAACGACCUUUAUAUCUUUAUAUACAGGGUCAUUCAAAACAUAAUGUAGAUUCGGCUAUACAAAAAAUUAAUGAGAUUAUUAAAACAGAACAUCAAAGUUCUCUGAAUAGGCCAAGUAGAUUUACUAAUGCACCACCACCUCUUAUGAGUUUACAUUCCGGAGUUACAUCUGUGGAAAAAAUAUGUGUUGGUAUUGAAAAUGCUCCAGAAGGGUUUGAUUUAAGAGGUAGAAUUAUAGGUGCAGGUGGAGCAAAUUUAUUAUAUAUUAGGGGUGAAACAGGUGCAAAUAUAACUUUAAGAGGUAGAGGAUCACAAUUCAUUGAUCCAGUUUUAGGCACUGAAUCUCCAGAACCACUGCAUUUGUACAUAGAGCAUCCAAAACCAGAAGCAUUACAGAAUGCAAAACAGUUAGCAAUUAACUUAAUUCAAACAAUGCAAUCUGAAUUACAAUCAUAUAUACAACAACAACCACCACCAGUACAAUCACAGCAAGUUAUAGAACAGUCACAAAUACCACAAACACAAUUUCAAACCAUGAACAUUGGUACUUUGGGACAGCCUAAUGUUGUUACUAUACAACAUCAAGAUAUUAUACAACACCCUCAAAGUAGUGUAGUAACUUUGCCAGCAACCAUUCUCACUGCUACAGUAGCCGGUGCACCAGGGUCUGGUAUAACAGUUCCUCCACCUGGAGUACACAUUCCUUCUCAUUCUGGACCAUUGGUACCACCACCACAAGCACAGGAGAUACAAACGUUUAUGCCACCUCCACCAGUUGGACAAGUACAAUUAAUUGGUCCUCCAUCAACAGUAAGUCAAGUGCAAUAUCAAAUUCAUCCUGGACAACCACUACAAAUUCAAGGAAUUCAACCUGGAUCACAGUCUUCACCGCAACCUGUAGCGCAAAUGUAUGUCAUGAGUCAGCCACCACCUCAGAGCCCAUCUCAACAAAACUUUAUUACAAGUAGCAGUGCACCUGUUAGUGGUGCAGUUUCAUAUGUUUAUACACAACCAAAUGUACAAAGGCCUUCUACACCACCGCAAGGAAUAAUCGAAGCCGUCAACGUGAAUUUACAACAACCACCUCCAGCGACCCCAAUUAAUAUAACUCAACAACCACCUCCACCCUUAUUGCACCUUCAUUUUCCACCUCCAAACUUCCCACCAAAUCAACCACCACCUCCAGUACCACAAACUUAUCAAAUACAAUACCAGCAAGUGCAAGCACCUGCAUCACAGUCUCAAACACAGUUUGUGUUACAACCUGGGGAGCAUAUUGUUCCACCACAGUUGCAGCAAAACCAUGAGCAAUCUCAGGCUGUUCCACAGCAUAUGUUACCUCCACAGUUCGAAGGUCAUGCUCCUCAGUUUCAUUUACAAGUACCUCCGCCGUCUACGCAAACUUUCUUAGUCCCUAAUGCUCAAUCGCCCCAACAUCCUCAACAACAUCCUCUUCCUCCUGGAGGUGAAGUUCAACAUCAACAAGAAGGACCAGUGGAUCAAGGACCACAACCUCAACCAGUACCACCUCCUCAAAUAGUACCACCACCUGCUGCUCAAAUGCCAAAUUCUAUGAACGUUCUUACCAGCAUUCCGCCGCCAACACAAGCACCUCCACCACAAAAUGCUCCGUGGUUAUAUCAAGCACAACAAUCUCAACAAAUGUUGCAAUCACAGGGUCAGCUGCAGGUUCAGAUGCCACCCGCAAAUAUACCUCUACACAAUGUACCUCCACCGCAAGUUCAAGCGCAAAUACAGUAUCACGCUCAGCAUAUGCAAUAUCAAAAUGGUCAUAUACCCCCUCAAAUACAUUAUACAGUUCAACCACCAUCUCAGCAAUUUGAACAAAAGCCUGAUUCUCCAGAGCAAAAAUCUCAUGGUGUAAAAAGAAGAUUUUCAGAUGUUGAAACAAAUCCGGAAUCAUCACCUUAUCAAUGUGGUCCUCUGCCUGCUCAACGUCAUGGAACAGGAGAAGGUGAUCGACAGCAGCAAGUCUUACAUGGUCCAUCACCGACAGCUGCGGGCCUACCUCAUGGAGAUCGAAACAAGCUGCUAAUGCCACCUCCACACCCAGGUGAAAAACGCAGCUUGGAUCAAAAAUCUGCAGGCAUAAAUACAGGAAAUGAACAAAAUCCACUUGGAGAUUCAAUAAACAUGCACCCUGGAGGUGGACCACCUUUGCCCCCUUCACUUCCUCCACAGGCACCAUGGCAAACACAUCAUGUUAGAGUUCCAUGGGGCAGACCACCACCUAUGCCAAGGGAUGGAGAACAUCAAGGAAUGUGUCCUACAUUACCUCCAACAAAUAUGCCGCCACCACAAAUUAGACCCAGAGGACACAUUGAAGGUAAUCGUUCGCCCGUACAAAAUGCGAUAAUGGAACAUCCGUUGAAUGUCGAGUAUAAUCAAAUGCCACCAUAUACGACAAAACCUCCCCCUUAUAAUUCACACCCAUUGAUGCAAUCCAUUUGUAAUCCACCGCCACCACCACCGCCACAUCAUCAGCAGCGACCGCAGCAUCCUCCUCAAUCAGUGCAACAUUAUCAGGUGCCAAUUUCUCAGACAUAUCAACCACCGACUUCCUGUCCACCAUGGAUGAAUUGAACAUACGAUACGAUGUGAAGGGAGUUCUUACGUUAGUACCUUAAAGAUGGCUGAUGCAGUCCGUCCGAUUCACACACGGUUCAUCAAUCCACUUACUGCGAAUGUUAUUGAUUCUGACGGGUAUAGCGAACGUAAAUGGAUGGUAUUGCAUUAUGUUAUCUUCAUCGAAUUGUUCCUUACGAUAGUUAAUUAUAAUUUAACUAUUCGUUGCGAAUGUGUCGCUGCAGAGAUGCUGUACUGUAAAAAGUGUGUAUACGUUACAAAUUAUUUAUAACGAACGUCUCAAAGGUAUAGGUAGCGAAUGAUAAUACUGAAUUUAUAAAUGUCGCGUUACAAGCGAACGAUAUUCACGUUUACCGAGAUAAAUACUCGGUUCCAUGAUACAAUGCAAAGAUCGUGUGAAUCACGAUUUGCAAAGGAAAUACUAUAUACAGAUGUCGAAUGUGAUGCGGAUGCAUAUAGCGAGAAAUGGUUCUGAUUAGUUUCAAGAAAUGCUUUUAAUAUUUACGCACACACAUAAUCACACGAGGACUUAGGAGUAUAUUUUUUUGUAUCUGUAGUACAUAAUCCUAUUUCGAACACAUCAUAUGGGUCUAUUUCUUUUGUUGAUCGGUGUAUUCUACAUAUACCGUAUAAUCUUUAUUCAUAGAUAGUUAUAAAUGGUGUAUGCAAGUUUGUAUACAAAUGCGAAUAAAUCGUUGCCUACGAUCUUAUGAGGCGUUAAUAUCAAAAUCGCGAAUGUUUCUUUUGCGUGAAAAUUGCCGCGUUUCCUAUACGAAUCUGCGAGAAAUGUAAGUUAAUUGAUCGCUGUUAUAGUACAAUUUGAUUUAACAAUUAAAUGAAUAGGGUCAAUAUCACCCUUCAUC